UUUACACAUAAGUUGCCGAUGGGCCUUUGUUUCUGGUCGUCGCAACGGACAACUGUUCAACGAUGUUUCGCCUGAUCCUUGCGAUCGUAUCGGCCACCUUAGCCGUGAACGCCAUUCCAGCCGGGCUACCAGAUCCUGCACUGUUAGCUUUCAAAUUAGGCGAAGAAGAGUUUGAAAACUAUCUUGAUAAAUGGCUUGAGAUUGAAGAACGCAACUGGGUUAAUAUAACGUCAACAGCUACAACACGCAGUGGAUGCACUUUUCAAGUCAAUGGAGAUCUUGGACAGCCUCAGCCAAUUUAUAUCCAUAGAUCGAGAAAUACUUUCUUGGCACCUACGGGAAAUAGUGGUCAAAUCCAUCUUAACGCAAACGAAGAAGUCAUCGUAUCAUGUCCAGGAACAAAUCGACUCAUAGUUCAUCCCAACAUACUGUCAAAUGUUCAAACCGCUAGUGCAAGAUGCGUGAGCAAUAAUCUCGUAUCAGGCGCGGGAUGGUUAAAUGGGAAUCGGGCCUUCGGACAAUUGACAUGCUCAAAUCAUCCUUUCUAUGAAGCCCAGCAAACGAACGAAAGAUGUUUCAAUAACAACAUUGUCAUUAGAUCUGGAUUUAUUGUUAACAAUGUCUUUUACACUGUAUAUUGGUCCUGCUAUGAUCAAAACCGAAUGGAAGUCUUAUACGUUUGGUAUAACCAAAACCCCACCAACGCUGUUCAUCAAACUGGUGUCGACAGACCAAGCUGGCUUGCGGGCUCGUUCUUUCCUGGUGUGGAUAUAAAUAAUAUCUACACACAAAAUAACCAACGAAAUAUCAUUGGAAGAUUGGUAGGAACUGACAUGGUUAAUCGAUACAUCACUACGACUCAGUUCUUAGCCCGUGGUCACCUUACUGCUAAAAGUGACCAUGUAUUUGCGUCUGCACAGCGGUCUACUUUCUUUUUUAUUAACGCCGCACCACAAUGGCAACCAUUCAACGCUGGUAACUGGAACAACCUUGAGCAGAACCUUCGGAGAAGAAUUGGCGUAGCUGGAUACAAUACUGUCAUCUACACUGGUACUUUCGGUGUGACACAACUCCGGGACAGCAAUGGACGUUUUAUAAACAUUUUCUUGGAACCAAAUAAUAGGGUACCAGUACCUCAAUACUUCUAUAAGGUCGUCUACGAUGCAUCUAGACGCCGUGGUACCGCCUUCAUUAGUAUCAAUAACCCUUACUAUUCACUUGCUGAGGCUCGAGGAUUACAAUUCUGUACGGACAGAUGUCGCAAUAAUGCAGCGUUCAACUGGAUCAACUGGCAGCCUGAUCGCGUGGACAUCGGCUAUAGCUUCUGCUGCACGAUAGCUGACUUCAGAAAUCGUGUUGGCCACAUUCCAAACUUCGACGCAUCUAAUGGUCUUCUGUCUUAAAUACUAACGGAAAGGAUAUAGGUACAUAUAACCGAAAAUAAAAUCUAGUCUUUAGUAUUUUUUAAGGAAAUCAAA